UGGGAGUUGGGAUCUGUAGAACACAGAACACACAUAGCAGGAGCUCAGCUCUGGCUGAAGGAAUAUCAGCAGAAGAACAGCCCUGGAGCAACUGCAGGAACUAAGAAGAAACGCAAAACUAAAGAAGGCAGCAGACCUGCGACUCCCACCACCGACGACCAGCAGCCUCCAGAGAACAUUCAGAACAUUCUGAAGGUGCUGGUGUCAGACCUUAACCGCUCCAAUGGGGUAGCCAUACCCUCAUUGGACAAGAGGAAGGCAUACUUUGACAGUGAUGUUGCCACUCGUAGUGCUGAACAGCUUGCUCCUGAUGUCCCUGUGCUAUCUAACAGCAACAGCCUCCCUAGUUGUGAUUCUGUUCUGCCUGCUCCUGAGAGCAUGCAGCUGACACAGAUGAAUGAAGCUGAAGAUCAUAAAAAUGCUUUGGAAGAGAACAGGUCUUUCUCGUCAACAGAGGGUCUCCGUCAGCUGUCUGAGCAGCUCAAUGGCCUGGUUUCCCAGUCUACAUCGUAUGUGAAUGGAGAAAGUGCUGUUUCUUCCACAAAUAUUAAGGAAAUGGAAACACGUUACCAGGAGCUGGCAGUAGCCCUGGAUUCCAGCAAUCUAACUAACAAACAGCUCGUUACAAAGAUAGAGGAAUUGAAACAGCAGAACCAAGAAGCAGUGAAUCAGCUGGAGAAGGAAAAGAAGGAGUUUGAACAGAAAUUUUCUAAAGAGCAAGCAGCACUGAGGGAGCAGUUACAGGUUCAUAUCCAGACUAUUGGAAUUCUCGUUUCUGAGAAGUCUGAGCUGCAGACAGCCCUUGGCCACACUCAGCAGGCUGCACGGCAGAAGUCAGGAGAAGCUGAAAGCCUUGCUGCCCGCUUACACUCGUCUCGCCAGCGAGUCUCGGAGCUGGAGCGCACUUUGUCCUCCAUCUCCAUGCAGCAGAAGCAGUCAGAGAAGCACAAUAAAGAGUUAGUGAAGGAGCGAGACAACCUGAAACUGGAACUGUACAAACGAAGCAAAAGUAGCGAGGAAAUAAAACAGCAGAAUUCAGAGCUGUCAGAGAAAGUUCACUCCCUGGUGUCCCAGAACUCGGCUAUGAAGUUGGAUGUGGAAGAUUUGCAGAAGAAAUUGGAAAUGGCUGAACUGAUGAUUCAACAGUUCUCAAACCAGGGAGGGAGUCUGGAUGCAAACCAGCAGCUACAGAUGGCUCUGGAGGAGAAGGCAAGCAUGGAAACACAGGUAGCUCAGCUCUCAGAGUCACUCCAGCAGCUGCAGGCAGAAAGAGAUCAGUAUGUGGAGAAGCUGAGGGAGGAGGGCAGCGUUUGGCAGCAGCGGGUGCAGCAGCUUGCCAAGCAGGUCCACACAAUGGCAGAGGAGAAGGAGAAACACAUGGCCAGAAUUCAGGAGCUGGAAGACAAUGUUACAGAGCUGCUGAGCACAUCAGUGAAGCCCAUGGAUGUCGAGCCUGCCUCCCCGCCGGGGCCCACGGCAGCCGAGCUCAGCCUGCAGGAGGAGAUGCAGCGGCUGCAGCAGGAGAAGGAGGAGCUGCAGGGGCAGUACCAGGCCCAGGUGCGGGACAACGAGCAGCUGAGCCACCUGAACCGGGAGCAGGAGGAGCGGCUGCUGGAGCUGGAGAAGACCGUGCAGCGCUACAGCGAGGAGGCUGUGGACAGGCAGCAGAUCCUGGAGGACAUGCAGAGUGACAAGGCCACAAUCAGCAGGGCACUGAGCCAGAACCGGGAUCUGAAGGAGCAGCUGGCUGAGCUGCAGAAUGGGUUUGUCAAACUGACAAAUGAAAACAUGGAGGUUACAAGUGCCCUGCAGUCAGAGCAACACGUAAAGAAGGAGCUGGCCAAGAAGCUUGGGCAGCUGCAGGAGAACCUGGCGGAGCUCAAGGAGACGCUGGAGCUGAAGACACAGGAGGCCCGUGGGCUGCAGGAGCAGCGGGACCAGUGCUACAGCCACCUGCAGCAGUACACCCUGGCCUUCCAGCAGCUGGCUGCCGAGAAGGACGAACUGCACAAGCAGUUCCUGCUGCAGACACAGCUCAUGGAUCGCCUGCAGCACGAGGAGGUCCAGGGGAAGGUGACAGUGGAAAUGCACCUCAAAGAGCUGCAGCAGACAAAGGAAAGUCUAGAAGCCGUAGCCAAGGAAAACAAAGAGCUGCAGGCCCAGAUCAGUCAGUUGGCAGCAGAAAUGGAUGGCAGGAUUUUGCACCAGUUGGAGGAAGGCGAUGAAGCAAUGACUGAAGAAGUCCAAAAACCUUCUCUUGUGAUCCCAGAGAAGUUUGAAAGCCAUGAAGAAAUGGUCACUUUCGUGACCUCUGCCAUGUCCCAAGUGGAGCAGGAGCGAGAAGAUCUGAGGAAGCAGCUGGCAGCUCAGAAGCAGCAGUGCAGAACCCUCCUGCAGCAAAUCACAGCUCUUAGGCAGGAGCAGCAACAUCACGUCACGCUGGAUGGAGGCUCCUUUAUGGAUACUGUUCCAGUGGAGGUUCAUGAGGCUUUGAAAACUGCCAUGGACAAGCUACAGCUGCGUUUCACAGAGCUGAUGCGGGAGAAGGCCGACCUGCAGGAGCGGCUGGAGGAGCUGGAGCACCGCUGCAUCCAGCUGUCCGGGGAGACCGACACCAUUGGGGAGUACAUUGCACUGUACCAGAGUCAAAGGGCUAUCCUCAAACAGCGGCACCAGGAGAAAGAGGAGUAUAUCAGCAGGUUGGCUCAGGACAAGGAGGAGAUGAAGAUGAAACUACUGGAACUGCAGGACUUAGUGAUGCGCCUGGUCAGGGAAAGAAAUGAAUGGUACAGCAAGUAUGUAGCAGCUGCUCAGAACCCAGAGCUGCUGGCAAGCCAGACUGAAGGUGUGCUGCCAGCAGAGAGGCGCAUUGAGCUGAACGCCACCGACGGAGCAGGGUUACGAGAGGUGAAUCUGUCAGAUGAAGCAGAACAAGAGGCUGUUGUUCAUCAAUCCGGUUUCCCCCAUGCUGACAGUAAAGCUGCUCAGCCAAACCAAGAGGACCCCACGGCAAAGCAAAUAAUGCAGCUUCUCAGAGAAAUCCAGAACCCUCAGGAGAGGCUGGGCUCCCUGCUGGAAAACCCAUGCAUUCCCUUCUUCUACCGUGCUGAUGAGAACGAUGAGGUCAAAAUCAUGGUAGUGUAAGAGGUGCUACAUCUUCCUGACAGCAACUUUCUGUGGGCCUGAAAGGACUUGAUGGACUUGUACGUGCCCAUACCUCUGCUCAGUGCCCUUGGUGAGAACAGUUCCUAAAGACAUCAGUAAAGAGAGAUUGUAUCAGAUGGAUCUCAAGCAUCAGACCUCAUCUUCUCUUUCUCUUUUCUCUUACUCGGUGUGGACUACAGGCAGACUCUUAACUCAUCCUGGGAGGCAGCUGGUGCUGCCACAUCACCUAGGCCAGGCCCAGACUGGGGGCAAAGGGAGUCCAUGACUUUUGGCAAAAUGACUUAAUCCCUUGUCCUAGAGUCUGCUGCCACAGGAGCUUCACACGGUUCUGAUCCAUCACUCAUGCCUGUCAUCAGCCCAGUUCUUCCAGGGCUCCCAGAGUAACUAACUGUUCUGGUGAUGGACUCUUUGGACUCUCAGCAGGUUGGGUUUGUUUUCAUACUACGUAUCCUAAACUCCCCCUUGCUGCUGCAGCCCUGCCUCUUGCAGCUGUAUUUCAGAAGAUCAGCCCCCAGCAGGCAGCUCAGCCCUGUCUGUUCUCAAUGCCAGGGGAAGGGACCGAGGGGAGCCUUGAGGGGUCUUUUGGUUACUUGACAAAGCUUUAUGUGAUUCUUGGGAGUGGGGUGGAAAUGUAACUGCACUUUGAAGGAUGAUGUGUUUCACUUGUAUGUGUCUGAAGGUUUUAUUUAUUUUAAGAAAUGGGAGAAAUUAAGUAAAAGGAAACCACUUAAUAAACAUGCUUCGUUUUGAAUUUCUGGA